CGCCAGUAGUGCGGGGUUUGAUAAAAUCGAGGUUCUUACGUCGUAGGCAGCGGGCCUGUUCGCUGCCCCCAGAGUGUGGCUGCAGGACGCAGGCACCCCAGUGCGGGGACCGCGGGGAGGCGGGGGUGCGGCCGGGCGGGGAAGUAAAGAUUACUUGAGCACUUGACGCUUGAAGAACAAAAGCUCGACCUUAAAAUCAAGGGGAGAGAGCGCACAAUCCCCCCUCAGGCACCAUAAUCCCCCUUCCUAGCAUCUCCUUUUCUCUUGAACCUCCAACGAUGCCUACCUACCUGACCGCGGACGAGCUCAAAAGCCACGAUGGUGGCCGUGUCGACGACGCAGACGAUGUGAAGGAGCCUCAGAACCACCAUCAAUUCCAGCGCCGCCACCGUACCCCCGGCGAGCUUGAGCUUGGUGCGACCGAGAUUGCCGAGGGUCGCAACGAUGUCCAGCGCCAGGUCGUCCCCUCUUCCGGUCUGGCCGACAGCAAGCUCCGUCAUAUGUGGGAGCAGAAUCGCCCCGACUGGAUCGGUGCUCUCUUUGCCGAGGCUGUGGGAGUCUGGUUCUACUGCAUUGCCGGCGAGACGGCCACGGCUACCCUACUUCUUACGACGGUUGCUGGCAAUCCUCAGGGAAAUCUGACCAUGAUUGGAUUUGCCUACGCCCUCGGCAUCACGUUUGCCAUUGUCGUUGCCGCCAGCACUUCUGGCGGCCACUUCCACCCUGCUAUCACAAUUGCCCAGGUCAUCUUCAAGGGUUUCCCGGUCCGAAAGGCACCCUUCUACAUACUCGCGCAGCUCAUCGGUGGCUUUAUCGCUGCCCUGAUGGUGUACGCCAUGUACAAAGCCGAGAUGGACGCCUUCAGUGCCGCACUCAUCGCUGGAGGCAAGCGUGCCCAGAUCUUCACUCCAGAAGGCCCCGCCGGCAUCAUCGCCAUCUUCCCGAACCCGGGCCGACCACUGAGCCAGGUUUUCGCAACUGAGUUCUUCGCCGACAUGUUUAUCGCCAUGGUCAUUUGGUCUCAGCUCGAUUCGCAGAACAUCUUUGUCAACCCCGUCUCGGCGCCGUACACCAUCGGCCUGGCCUUUGCCGUCGCCGUCUGGGGCUUCUCCACGGGCACCAUCGUGACCAACACGGCCAGGGACUUGGGUGCCCGCUUCGCCUGUGGCGUCAUCUGGAAGACGUCCGAGUGCUUCCCGCCAAAAUACAGCGCCCUGGCCGCUCUGACCAACAUCCCCGCCACUUUGUUCGGAAUCUCUCUCUACACAUUCCUGCUGAGUGACACAAGGAGGCCGCCCGCAGCCGUCGGCCUGCAGCACUUCCACGAGGAGGAACAGAGGCGGUUCGAGCGCAACACGAGCAAGCACGACGAGUUGCUCGAUGCACGCAUCGAGCGCGCCAUCAGCAGGGGCGCCGACCCAAACAAGCUCAUGGCCAAGCGCUCCAGGGCCAUGUCCGCGUCAUCGCCCGUGAGCCCGGCCAAGCCGGUGUCGAACAGCAAGUAAUCAAUGUAGAAUCAAUUGCAUUGAGGAAGAGGGUAGAUAAAACGAGCAAGUGUUCCUAUCAAAGCGUGUGGCGAGCAAAGCAAGGAGAAUGAGAAAGACAGACAAAGGGUACUACA